UUGUCCUCCCGCUGCCUUGGCCUCUGGAAGCUGUUUCCUUGGCUCCGGGCUCGCCUGGUCUUCCGGCUGACAGUGGGCCCGCGGUGGGCGUUAAUAGGCCGUGGGGGAGACGGGCCCUGAGCGUGAGGCUUCGCGUGCAGGGCCCUGGGACCGGGACUCUGUGGGAUGUCAGCUGUAGCUCUAGUGCCUUUAGGUGUCACGUCCCCGAGCGAGCCAGUUUGUGCGUCCGGGGCCUCGCUCCCAGGACGGAGGGUGUGCUCUGUGGCACUCGCAGCUGCUGUCCUUUCAAAAGAAGAAGAAAGGGCUUGGUGGCCAAGUGCCCGAGGCUGGUCGUGGGCUCUUGGGCGCGGGGGACUCCCGGGCACUGCUGUUCACAGCCCGCCUCCAGCACUUGGGCACAAUUGCAUGUGAGCGCUGCUCCCGGCCUCAGGCUCCGGCAGCUUCUGCUGCAGGCCCAGGCACCGCGGGAAAUGAUGAUCCUCCUUGCUUUGCUCCUGCUCGUGGACCUGCCGAGGGUGGAGACCAAUGUCACCGUGUCAGGAACACAGGGCCUGCUGAGGUGUCACGUUUGUGAGAAAGAGAAUACAUUCGCCUGCCGGAAUCCAACACAAUGUGCCCAGGGUGUACAGUUCUGUGCUUCCGUUGCCAUGAGAGUAUAUCCACGUUUCUUCUAUGUUUCAAAGCAGUGCUCGAAGUAUUGUCCCAUGCCUGUACACAUCGGUCGGAUAGUCAAGUCCUUUGUUCUCCUACAGCCUAUGCCUUUUCUGUAUGCAAAGUGCUGCGGAGGGUCAUUGUGUAAUCAAGAGGUACCAGAGAUCUCUGAUCUAGAGUUUGAACAAUCCGGGAGAGCGAGCGACGUGAGGAGCAGCAGUGCCUGGCUGGUGCCCCUCCUCAUGCUGUCCCCGGGGCUAGCGGGCCUCAGGUUGCCGUGACCCACAGAGCAUGGCUCGGGCCCACCUUCUGCAGGUGGCACAGAUGACGUGGACUCGCUGCUCAUGCUUGGAACCUGUGGCAUUAAACUUGUUUUCCGCCCACUGA